AUGGGCUGGUUCUGGCAGACUCCCCCUCACUCGCCCAAGGUGGCGCCCAACGACUCUUCACAGCAAAAAGACACCCAGUCCUCGACGAAGCCGCCGACCCAGCAGCAGCCGAAAUCCAACGAUGACGCCGAAAUCGCCAAGUUCCUACAGCUUUUCCAAGAUGCUGACGCAAAACCCUCGAGCUCUACCUCCCAAUCCUCAUCAACAGGCCAACAAGCCCAACAGUCAUUACCAUCAUCAUCACAACACCACCAACGGCAAGCAGAACCAUCAUCCUUCCUCUCCAAGUUCUCCCGCCCCUUCCGUGAGGACCCCUCAGGUGCCUCCCCAACCCGCAGAGACCUGGAUUCGCUAUCGCCCUCUGAGCGGGCCAAGGAGGAGAUCGUGCAGUCGCUGAUGCCGACCGACAUGUCGUGCCGCGACGCCUUUGACUACGCCUACGGCUGCAACAGCCUCCGGGGCCAGUUCAACGCCGUGUACCGCUACGGCGAGGUCCGGUCGUGCUCGGAGCUGUGGGACAACUUUUGGUUCUGUAUGCGCGUCAAGAACUGGCAAGGGGACAUGCGUGCCAACGCCAUCCGCGACAGGUGGCGUGACAAGGAAGAGCGCAAGUACGGGCCCGGCAUGCCCAGCAGUGAGGACGUUUGGAAGCCCAGAUUGAAGCUGUUGGGUCCCGACGAGGCCUUCCGCGACAAGAUUCCAGAAGUGGAUGCCGCGUUGACGCAGAACGAAGAUGACUUGGAGUGGAAUAAGCAGGAGACGGAGAUGAGGAGGGUCGUGAGGGAGAAGAUGGGCAUCAAGGGGGCUGGAUAUUGA